AAAACAAAAGAAAACGGCAAAAGUCAAACAAACUUCUACUAAAAAUACACAACAAUCCAAAUAAAACUUUGUGUUCACAAAAAAUAUUAAUAAUUAACUUGAGUAACAAUUAGAAACAAAUAAAACAAAGUCGAGAACAAUGCUCUCUUCUUCCAGUUCCAAGGCAAGUAAGUGUGGAAAAGUUCUUAUUUGUGGAAUGAAAGGCGUUGGUAAAACAGCACUCAUCGAACAACUCAUCAAUGGCAACGUUACAGUAGAGUCGGAUAUUCAUUCGACAAUUGAGGACAUUUAUAUGGCAAUGGUUGACACGGGAAGAGGUCCCAGAGAACCGCUACGAAUAUACGACACAGCUGGACUACAGGGCAAAGCAGAACUACCUCGCCACUAUUUAAUAUUCCCAGAUGGUUUUGUCUUGGUAUACGAUCCAAAUGAUCCAACCAGCUUGGAUAUGUUGGAAGCCAUCAAAACCGACAUCGAUAAGAACAAAGAAAAGAAAGAGGUAGCUGUGAUAGUUCUGGCCAAUGUACGGUCGGGUACUGGUACUCUCAAAAGAACCGACACCCCACCAACGCUACCUGACCCGGUCGAGGCAGUUAUAAGCAGAGCGAACAGUUGGUGUGCUCGUGAACGCAUAAAGCACUACACCGUCAAUGCCAUGGAACGGCCGACACUCUUCGAACCCUUCAUUCAGCUCUGCAUUCGGUUACAUCCACCACAGCCCAAAGGCUCCUUUCCACAAUUGCGACAGGUUAUGCAGAAAAGAGAACGAAACGAUGCUUGAUGUUGUCUGUUCCCGCCGCUGCCUGACGAGUAGAAUGUUCGGGUGUGCCGGUGCGAUGAUUAAUGAAUAAAUUGAGGCUUUCCUUAAACUGAACUGAAAGCCUAUGACAUCAUCCAUCACCUUUUUUUAAAUGUUCUGUGUAAAUUAUGUACAAUCCUUACAAAUUCCAUUUGUAUUAAGUUUUAAACGAACAACUGUCUUAGAUUUAAGUAUAUUUUCCUUAAACAAUCUAACAGCUUAUGCUUUGCAAAGGUUUCUUUAUUAUAUUCUUUUAAAUAAAGAAUUCAAAUUUAAAAACCUUACUCUCAAACAGAUCCAAGCACAACAAAACCUUGAGUAAUAGAAUUUAAAAAAUGUGCGAGUUUGUUUUAACUUCAAUAAACUUAAAAGCCUAGCUACCUA